AUGUUUACGGAUACUGGCCCACGGAAUAAUAAGAGACGACCAUAUAAUAAUACUCAACGACCACGAAUAGAUAAAACACUUGAUGAUGAUGCACGAGUCAAUAAUUUUCAAUUUUCUCAACUUACAAGUAACAUGCUUCGAGGUGCAUCUGUAUCAACAAAUUAUGAUAUGUCAUCAAUCUACAGUAGAGCACCAAUGACUAAACGAGUAAAACCAAUACGUCCAUCAAAAACAUCAGAACCUACAGGAUUACGUACUUAUAAUGAUAUUGUUAAUUCAGGUGCUUAUGCGGAACCUGAUUAUCAACCCAGACCGAUUAAGACUCGUACUGAUCAAGAAAAAGAUCGUCUAGCACAUUUAAUGGCUUAUGGAGUUGAUCCAACAAAAGUAAUUUAUAAACCAGUUGAAUAUUCACCAUCCCCUCGUGAAAUUGAUCGAUUUGAUGAGUUGGUACUUGAAAUUGAGCAGAGAAAACAGUUUCUUGAGCAAAUGACAUCACUUGGCAAACGUAAAGAAUAUCAACAAGUCAUUUCAAAUGAGAUCUCUGACAAAAUACGUGAAAUGGAACAAAUUGAUCGGCAACGUUCAAAAGCUUUAGAAAAACGUCUGAAAGAACAGCAUCAGUAA